UACAAGAAGAAGGGUUGGGAGUUUGGAUUUUGGAAGAAGCCAUGGCAGAGCUGAAUAGCAACGAAGAACCACAUGUAUUGCCGUCCAAGCGAAAGCAAACUGCCACGGACGCAGAUGUCGAGUCCACAAAGAAGCACCAAGUAGAGAGUUGUGCCGUUAAAGACGCCUCCGCUGCCGCCGAAGAGAAAGUUAUCAACGACAAUGGAGAGGAAGAGGAAGAGGAAGAGGAAGACUAUGACGGAGAAGACGAUGUCGAUUCGGAAGACGAAGAAGAUGACGACGACGAAGACGAAGUUGAACAUUCCAACGGCGGAGCUGAAAUUGAUCGGAAGGGGAAAGGGAUAAUGAAGGAUGAUAAGGGUAAAGGAAAGCUGAUCGAAGAGUCCGAAGACGACUCUUCCGAUGAUGACGGCGCGAGUGAAUCAGACGGUGAUGAUGAUGAUCUCUCCGAUGAUCCGUUGGCGGAGGUCGAUUUGGAUAACAUUCUUCCUUCAAGGACACGGCGUCGUACGGCUCCUCCGGGGUUGCGCAUUUCUAAUGAUAAGUUCACCAACGAUAAGGACAACGAUGCCUAAGCUUCAAGGAGGUUAGCUUAGUUUCCGCUUCAAGAAUCCACCUUAUUUUUUUUUUAAACUUAGAACCGUAUUUGCCGACGUUAAGGUUUUACAAGCAAUGCUGCUACUGUUGAAGAGUGAACACAUUUCUGUGGUGUAAGAAAUAUUAAGGUCGUCUAGGGUUUGAAUAUGCUGUCGUAUUAAUAUCAAUUGAGCUGCCAUUGAUAA